GGGGAACCGUGGUGCCUAACGAGUUCAAACGAACAAGAGUAGCGUCAGAAUGUGUUCCCAACUAUGGUAACGUAUGAAGCAGUGAGCAGUCUCAGUCAUGAUUCAAGAAAAUGUAUAUUCAAACAAACAGCAUGAAAGCAGUACCUUUGUUGCUGAAGCACGUGAGGAGCAUUUUCCUGCAAAGGGGAAGAGAUGAAUCGUUUGAUGCCAAGUUGGAAAAGUUGACGUUGGCACUGAACAAGAUAAAGGACGUGUUUAUGGGAGUGAGGCAGAACGAAGAUGAACUGCUUGACGUGUUGGUGGAGUUGGAUGGCCAUCUUCGCAAGUUAGACAAGAAGAAGUUGGAUGAAGAGGUGGAUGACAUUUGCAAAAGAAUAAGUGAUUCUGCUCUCAAGUUGCUCCCAGUAGAGAAUGAAAAUAAGGAUGAAAAGAGUGAAAAAGUGCCCUCAGAUGAUGAUGAUCCUUCUUCAAGCCAACAACACAAGAAAGAGUUGGAGGCUCAAGACUUGAAUUUGAAUCUGCUGUGGGAAAGUUAUCGCAAGCUAGGAUCGAAAGCGAAAGAUUGCUUGCUGUCUCUCUCAGUUUUCCCUGAAGAUGCUGUUGUAAAGAAAAGACAAGCAAUCUAUUGGUGGAUUGGAGAGGGUCUUGUUAGAGAAACAUCACAGAAAACAGCAGAGGAAGAAGGUGAGGAUGUGAUUAAUCAACUUUUGAAAUUUAAUGUGAUUGUACCACAUGGUAAUGUUAAGUGUCCCAUUGUUAAUAAAUUUAAAGUUAAUCACCAUUUCCGUGGUAAGUUGGAGUCAUGACUGUCAAGAGAAUAUCAACAUCAUCUUGGAUUUUGUCUUAGAAUACUCUUUUAUCCUACUUGGUUAGUACUUGAGCGACGAAAAAUUGUACUAGGUGAUGAGGAUGGUUUGAAACUUGAACGUUUGAUACAUACUGUGUUUAAUGUUGGUGCUGAGUUAUCUGGCUUUUCGAUCUGAUUGGUCGGAUAAGCUGGAGAAUGAUCUAGUGGUGCUUCAACUUGGUUGUUGGCAAGAUUCACCUUCGCAUCACAAUGAGGUGGGGAGUAAAGAAUUGAGUUGAGGAAUUUAAUGCAGUUGAAGUAUCUUGGUCUUCGUGGCAUAUCAAGAAUAUCCAAGCUUCCACCCUCCAUUUUUCAAGCUUCCACUCUUCCAAAAGUGAUGUUCAAAUUUCUAGACGAUCUAACGGUUAAUGAGUUUAGGAUCAUAGUUUUACUGAAAUGAGUUUUAGUGCAUACGAAUAAAAUAUCAGGUUUUGAG